UCUUUCUCAGAGCUCUCAGAUAACUGACUAGCCUACCACUUAAGAUAUUGACAUUUAAAUAUUUGUGUUGCUCUUGUCUGGACUUCAGAUCAUACAUAACUCUUGACUGCAAACUUCCUCGACAAAGGGCCAGACAGAGCAUUACCAAGGGCGUAGCAGCAAGAUACAAGGAGCCAUUUUCUGACAGGCCUCGAAGUCGAACAUGGCUGUGGAUAUGACUGCACCGUAACAGAGGAGGUGUUGCAGUCAAUUGUCUUUCAAAGGAUUUUGUAUUUCAUUUAUAUUCAGAAGAAGAGAAGGGAACAAUGAGUUUUGACCGAGUGCCAUCCAAGUCAGUGGUAAUGGACUGGAAUCCACACCAAUUGGCAGACUACAUGAAGAAGUUGAAUUUAAGUGGCUGCGAUAAAGUCAUUAUGAAAUGUAGCAUAAAUGGACAAAGGUUCUUGAACAUGACUGAAAAUGACCAUCAGAAAUUCCCCAAAAUCCAUGCGCCACUCAUCUCCAAAAUCUGCAGUGAAAUCAACAGGAAAGAAGAAAAAAGGAGAUUCUUUACUAAAAGAACUGCAGCACCAAAAUAUGAACCAGCUAUGCCACAAGAGGAUCAGCCCUGGGGACCGGAUGAAUUUGAUGAGGGGAGUGACGAAGACUAUGAGAAUCCAGAUGCUGAGGAAGAUGAUGGCAGUGGGGGAGAUUACGAGUCACCAACAGAGGAUGUUGGACUUGAGGACAGUGACAACGGCUAUGAGUCACCUCCGACUGAGGCUCCUGAAGAAAUUACCCAUCAGCUCCGUGCUGCCAAGCCAAUGGCUGACGGGGAAUACAUUGAUAGUACACCGCACCGCAGUACAGCUAGAAGCCAUCCUCCUCCAACAACUCAACGCCCUGAUGCUGGUCCUCCAGUCCCCUCUGCCAGUCACCCUAGUCUACUGCAGCCUCCCCCACCCAGAAGAGAGCAAUCUCCCCAGCACCCUGGCAGAAUAACUGGCAAGUUGCCUGCUACUUCCUCAAAUGCUGCCCCCGCUCCACCAGUUGACCGCAGAAGAAAGCCCACCAAACUGGAUCGCACAAGACUUGCUGAAUCUCCAAUACCAGCAACGAAGUUAAACACAACUAACAUGCCUGCUCCACAUUCAUGGAGGCCUCAGGCAGAAGAGAGGGGUCCAGACCCUCCCAGAAUGCCCAAACCUCCCCUCCCUGUGUCAAGUAGUGUCAGCAGGAGCAGCUCGUCGGUCGGCAGAGCCCCGCUGAACAACAACAGAUAUGUGCCUGAUGCGAGAAAUGAGGUACAAGAUGACGUGCCCAUGCCCAAACCAUACAACUCCAACACAUUUCCUAGACCAGGGCACCCUAGAGCAGUGCUCCCCGGACUAUCCUUACAUUCAGACGGCUUUCCUCCUAAUAUCGCUUCAACUGCAUCUCUACCUUCAAAACUGCAGGCACUGCAGGCAUCCAUCUCACCCAGGAGCAGUUCUAGGAUUGUGCCAGACAGACACAUUAUGCCCCCUCCGCCACCUAUGCAAGCUUCUAUCCCCCCACCGGCAGACCUAGAGGAUGAACAGGACCUGAACCCUCAGUGGUACGUUGGUCAGGUGACACGGGGUCAAGCGGAGGGCUGUCUCAGACAGGUCAACAUGGACGGUGCAUUUCUGGUACGGGACAGUUCGAAACGUUCGUCCAUUCAACCCUAUACACUCAUGGUACUCUAUCAGGACAAAGUUUACAACAUCCAGAUCCGCUGUGAACAGAAUGAGUUUCUGCUGGGGACUGGUCUGAAGGUCUCAGAGACCUAUCCGAUGGUGGCACACAUCAUCGCUCAUUACAGACAGUCACCUCUUCUGCUGAUUGAUGCUAAGAACCGUGGAUCAGGACAGCAGAGCCAGUGUCCCCUGAUCUACCCAGCAGGCGGAGCACUAGCAAGUCUCUACCCAUCCUUUUAACAGACAGCAGAGCCAGUGUCCCCUGAUCUACCCAGCAGGCGGAGCAUUAGCAAGUCUCUACCCAUCCUUUUAACAGACAGCAGAGCCAGUGUCCCCUGAUCUACCCAGCAGGCGGAGCAUUAGCAAGUCUCUACCCAUCCUUUUAACAGACAGCAGAGCCAGUGUCCCCUGAUCUACCCAGCAGGCGGCGCAUUAGCAAGUCUCUAUCCAUCCUUUUAACAGACAGCUGGGGGAGUGAUAACAAUAACAUGGAGCAAUAGUCAAGAUUCACAGUGGUUUUAAAGGACUGCCACUCACAUUAUGGGUGGAAGGACUUAUGCAACCUUUGAAUUGCAGUUCCUAGUCUUUUACAUGUAAGGUAAUUUCAUAUGAAGACAAGUGACUCUUGGAUUGAGAUGUUGGUACAUCUCUGUCAACUGUUCACUGUAUGGACCUCAGAAAGAAGUCCAGAUACACAAUAAUAUUCGUAGUUUUUGUCUCAAUGUGUAUUUUUUUUUAUUUCAGUAUUGAAAGCACAGAAGCUGAACAUGUCCAUGUGAGUAGUUACGUAAAGGCUUGUGUUUGCUCUCUGUUAUUUCCCUGCUACAUGCAAUGGAAAGGUCUAGAAUAGCAGCUCGCUCUGCAGUAAAUCCGAAUCAUACAUUAUCCAAGUAAGGAAAUAGUGGGGUCGACCCGUCAGUCACAACUGCUGAGCUUUUAUAAUAUGGAUUUUGUUUUACAUUUUCCUGCAUUGUUUAAUGGUUAAAUGAAAACUAUAUUCUUUAAUCUCUCACACUGUAUGUUCUAUAACAUAGCUAUUAUCAAUGUUUCAAAUAAACGUUUGCAUUUUUUUUUAAUUGGAAA